AUGAUUGGUAAUGGUUACUCCGCUCGGUCAAACGUUCGACUUCGAUCCGUUUCCACAACUGCUCUUCCUUUAACCGAUAAACAUUCUUCGCGUAAUUGGUCAUCAAUAGUGAACGAAGCGUUGGAUUCAUUUCGUCUUUUGGAAGCGCUAAGGAAUGGAGAUGAGAAAUCACUCAAGACCUACUUCUCUUCUUCACAUCCCACAUCUGGACAUGUCAAAGAGCUCAACAGCCCACUCCAUUUGGCAGUCCGCUGUGCUGAGUUCAACACGAUCAAGUUCGUACUACAACAGAAACCUGAAGAUCUCAACGCAGUAGAAGAACAAAAUGGGAACACUGCUCUACAUCUAGCUGCCAGUACUGGUCGUUUAGAUGUCAUCGACUUGUUCCUAUCACGCCCACAAAUCAACGAUACAAUCCGCAAUCGCGAUGGACAAGAUCCGAUGGAAGCAGCCCAAACGAUAGAAGCUGCCAAAUUGUUCCAAAUCUCUCGUGCUGAGCUCAACUUUAAAUACCAAGAUGUAUAUGAACGUUGGGAAAACCAAGCACAUGGCUCCGAUGAAGAACUCAAAAAGUUCUUGCAAUUGCCAAGGAUCGGUGUUGUGGACUUGAAUACGAAAUCAAGAGUGUCGGGUAGCACACUUUUGCAUGAUGCCGUUCGAAGGAAAGAUACCCAAUUGAUCGAAUUGGCAGUGCGAAAAGGUGCUGAUGUUUUCGUGAGAAACAAGCGUGGUAAGCGUGUUUUGGAAACGACAAAGGAUGAAAAGAUUAAAGCAUUGUUACAACAAUUGUCAAAUGCUGACGCAGCAAUGGCUGCAAAUGCAAACCAACCUGGCCUUCCACCUACUUUCCGUGGAUACCUAGGCAAAUGGACAAAUUAUGCUCGUGGAUACAAGAACAGAUGGUUCGUGUUGGAAAAUGGUAUCUUGUCUUACUAUCACACUCAAGAAGAAGAGGGCAAACAAUCCAGAGGAUCGCUCAAUUUGCGUUUUGCAAAGAUCCGGGCUGAUCCAUCCGACAAAUUACGCUUGGAAGUAGUCGCUGACCAUCCCAGUAAUUCAAAUCGAUCAGGAAACCGUUUGUACUUACGUGGUAGUCACCCAGUAGAGAGAGCUCGUUGGGUACAGGUCUUGCAACACACUGUUGAGUACUUUGAUUUGGACAGGAACAACAGUCGCGCCGAGAGUGUCAAGAGCUUUAGCAAGGAUGGUACAGUUUCUAGUGCAAACGUUCCUGCUGGAACACCACACCAUCCCCCUUCUAGAAGCACAACGCCUUUCCGCAAUAUUCCUUCUCCCGGUCCAGGCGGCUUGUCUGGUAUUACGACCAAUAUCUUGAGUCGAACCGGCAGUACAGCUACAAAGCAUCAUCAUACUCCAUCAACUCAGAUUUCCCAAUUGAAAUCGCCCGAUACGAUGGCUGGCGCCGAAUUCCCGGCAAAGACGCCAAGUAUCAUGACUCGCGGAAGUAGAACACCAAGCGAAGACUUUGCUGAAUUGGAUGGAGCAGGCUCAGAUACCGCAACCCAAUCACAAGGUGUACCGUUCCAAAACGAAUUGCCAAUCGUGUCCAAUUCGAUCAAGACCCAACUAGAAUUAGGUCAACAAAUGGUUCAAUCUGUUAACGUUUCUCAAACUCAACAACCAGAAGCACGAUCUGCGGUUUUGGAAGCCAUGCAAACGUGUCAAACAUUGUUCACCAACUACACCACAAUGGUUGCAGAACGUGAAGCUUACAUUUUACGUAGAUAUGAACAGGAGAUCCAAGCAAAGAGAUUAUGGGAGGAGAACAUCAGGACGUUGGCAAUGCAGUACGCCGAGAUGGAAACGCAACUGCAAGAAGCUGCCGAGGAAAACGCAAGAAGACGCAAAGCAUUACGUGAAGUUCGAGAUAAUUAUUCGAACGUAAACAGCCCCGCUCUAUCGCCCGUGCCACCCAAUAUGGCCACUCCAACGAGAAGCAGUAUGGCUAACGCUCGAUCAACAAUUGAAGCGAACAAGCUACCGCCAGCUGCCAUUCGUCCUUCUGCCCAACGGGGUGCGAUCAACUUUGACGAUGCCAAUGCCGGUCUUGGCUCUAAUCUCUCUCGCAGCUCCGUAAAUGUCGGAGCUGAACCAGAAGACCUUGACGAUGAUAAAGAUGACGAAUUCUUUGAUGCGAUCGAAUCUGGAAACUUGCCUAAUCUCAAGGUUGAGGAAGGAGUCGUUGAGACUGAUACGUCAGCCAAGCCUGCCGGAUCACCAACGACAUCUGUUCGUGAGACAAGGGUGAACAGUCUAUGGCCAGGUGUUGAGCCUUAUCUUCGCUUGCGUAAGAAGAUGCCGAUCGGCAAGGAUGAUCGACCUUCAUUGUCUCUUUGGUCAGUUUUGAAGAACAAUAUCGGAAAAGAUCUCACAAAGAUUUCAUUCCCCGUCAGUUUCAAUGAGCCUACGAGUAUGUUGCAAAGAAUGGCAGAAGAUAUGACGUAUGCAUCUUUGUUGGAUACAGCCGUUCGUCAAAAGGAAUCCUCGUUGCGAAUGGCAUUCGUGGCAGCAUUUGCAUGCAGUAACUACGUCACCACCUUGGGUCGUGUUGCAAAACCAUUCAAUCCGAUGCUGGGUGAAACUUUUGAAUAUAUCAAUCUGGACGAUAAAUGCAAGUACAGAUAUCAAAGUGAACAAGUUUCCCACCAUCCUCCAAUUUCUGCUUGUAUUGCCGAAUCGUUGGAAGAAGAUGGUGUGCAUGUUCGACCGGCUUGGGAAUACUCUGGAUGCGUCCAAGCUCAGAGUAAAUUCUUGGGAAGAAGUUUCGAGAUUCGUCCGACUGGUAUUGCCCAUGUGAAAUUGCGCGUGGAUGGAGUUGAAGAACAUUAUACGUUCAAGAAAGUUACAACGAGUGUUAGUGGAUUUGUUACAGGAAACACUACAAUCGAUCAUUACGGUGAUAUGAACAUCAAAUGUCAUACCACCGGAGAUGAAUGUACGAUGACCUUCAAGCCUCGUGGAUGGCGAUCAAGUGCUAUGCAUGAGCUGAAGGGAUCGGUGACAAACUCAAACGGUAACCAAACAUGGGAGAUUGCCGGUAGAUGGUCUUCACAAAUCGUUGCAAGGAGAGCAAGUGGCAGUACUGGAGCCACAACGAUGGACCCUGACGGAAAUGUGGAUUCGCUGAGUACCGAUCCUGCUGCACUUGCUGGAGCAGAAAUUCCAGAAAUGGUACUCUUAUGGAAAUACACUCCACAACCUCCAGGUCCGUUCAACUUGACGCCUUAUGCGAUCAAAUUGAACGAUACACCUGAAGGCUUGCAUGAUUUCUUGCCGCCAACAGAUUGCCGUAUGCGACCUGAUUUACGAUUAUUCGAACGUGGUCAAUACGACGAAGCUGAUGUGAUGAAACGUAAUUUGGAAGAAUUUCAACGGGCAACCCGUAAGAAACGUGAACAAGGAGAAUUGCCUGCUCAUCAACCCAAAUUCUUUUCGCGCAAGACUGAUCCUCUCACGCAAGGUGAUUAUUGGGAACCAUCUAGACUUGGCGCUGAUAAGGUGAAAGAUCAAGAAGAUGUCAAUAUUCCUGAAUAUUGGGUUAGAAGAAGACACGGUCAAUGGGAAGAUAUGGAAAGAAUCUUUGGCGAAUAUACAGCUUGA